AUGCGGCAGGUGAAAACAUUAAGAAACCAACUAAAAGCCGAACAGAAGAAGGGGGCGGGACUAAAAACUCGACCGGAGACUGCAAAGCGUAGGGUAAAAUGGGAUGACUCUUUAUCUACAUUUAAUUCAAGAAUUCAGACUGGAGUCAUUUCGAACCUUAAACACAAGGACCCGGGCAGUUUCCUGGUUGAUUGUAAAGCUCUGUUCAAGCGACGAAUCCAAAAUGCCUUAAAAAAUAACGCUGCAGUGAAAGUUAACAUAGCAUUUGGAGGAGAGUUCGAGAUUGCUCAAGGCGAUAAGAUGAUAAAUGAAACCAAGUACUUCACUACUUCAAACUCAGCCAUUUAUAGAGACACCAAUCUUGAUGAAUGGUUCGAGAAAAAAGUAGUGGAACCCAUUAACAGAGACUUGGAAGAAUUCCAAGAGAGAAAUAGUGGCUGGGCACUAAAAUCGGUUGUUAACCUGGGGGUUAAUAUAAACCAAUUUACACCACAGCUUGGCUCCUCAUACAUUGAACUUUUCCAUCAAAUAAAAAGAAAGAAAGCCUGUAUUAAUGUUAAGAAUGAUGAUGAGGCAUGCUUUGCAUGGGCUGUCAUAUCGGCAUUAUAUCCAUGUCAAACUAAUUCUGCUUUAAUGUCAUCUUACCCACACUACUCAAAUAUAUUAAAACUUAAAGGUAUUCAGUGGCCAAUGACCUUCAAACAGAUUCCGAAUUUUGAAAAGCAGAAUAAUAUAUCGAUCAAUGUAUACAUUUUGAAAAAGGAGAAAAAGAACUAUACGACUCUCUCAACCUUCCUAACAAAAAACAAGAAGGAUAAACAUGUGAAUCUGCUUUUGUUACAAGAUAAAUAUAACGAGCAAGGUCCCAUUAGAUAUCAUUACGUUUGGAUAAAAAAUCUAUCUCGCCUCCUUUCCAAGCAGCUUAGCAAAGAUGGAACAAAAUAUUUCUGUGAUGGCUGCCUCCAUUACUUCCGAUCACAAGAAAAGUUAAAUAUUCAUAAGGCUUGCUGUAAAGGGCGAUUGGAUAUUAUCUGUGAUCGAUGUUUACAACCAUUUUCAUCAUCUACACAGCUAGAAGCUCACAUCAACGAUUGUGAAAGAAUAAAUGAAACAGCCAUUAAAAUGCCUGAAGAAAGCCAUAAAAUGUUAAAAUUUGAGAAUUUCAGGAAUAAACUAAAAGCCCCCUUCGCCGUAUACGCAGAUCUCGAAAGCGUUCUGGAACAUAGUGCGGAAAAGAGUACCUAUCAAAAACAUAUACCUGCUGCGAUUGGGUAUUACUUUAAAUGUUCCUAUGAUGAUUCUCUGUCAUUUUACAAAUCAUAUCGUGGAAAAGAUUGCAUGAAAUGGUUCGCAGAUGAACUAAAUCAGCUUGCUGAGGAUGUUUCUACGGUGUUUAUGUGUCCAUUUGAUAUUAAUAUGACAUUUCAGCAAGAGAGUGAUUUUCAAGCAGCCACUCAUUGUCAUAUUUGCGAGCAGCGCUUCUCCCCCAGUGAUAAGAAUAUGCGAGAUCAUAAUCACCUGAUCCCAGAAAAUAAUUAUAGAUUUGCAGCUCAUGAAGGGUGUAACAUUAAUUACAAAGAUGCUCACACUAUCCCUGUGAUAUUUCAUAACCUCAGCGGAUAUGAUGCCCACUUCAUUGCUACUGACAUUGCUACUCACAUCAAAGGUCCCGUAGAUCGUCUUCCUAUUACUAAGGAAAAAUAUAUAUCUUUCACUAAACACAUUAAUGAUGCUCGAAUUAAAUUUCGUUUCAUCGAUAGUUUUCGAUUUAUAGCGUCUUCUCUCGAUAAGCUCUCUUCUUAUUUGACCGAAUAUCCUAAUCUCCGCUCUCAAUAUGCUUUCCUUCCCGAGGAGCAGUUCAUUCUUCUUACUGUGAAAGGUAUCAUGCCUUAUAAUUAUAUUGAUUCUUUUGAUCGGUUUAUUGAAACAUGUCUGCCGCCUAUCGAGUCUUUUUAUAAUAAACUUGAGGAUAAACCUUGUCCUCGUCGCCAUUAUCAUCGCGCCCUCCAAGUCUGGUCCUCAUUCUCUUGUUCUUCUCUCGGAGAUUACGUCGAUCUCUACAUGAAAACAGAUAUUCUUCUUCUUGCCGACGUUUUUGAACGGUUCCGCUCCAGUUGUCUCGAAAGAUAUAAUCUUGACCCCGCUCAUUACUUUACUCUACCUGGAUUUACGUGGGAUGCAAUGCUUAAAUAUACAAAACAGGAACUUGAACUUUUAACUGAUCCAGAUAUGCAUUUGUUUGUGGAGCGUGGCAUUCGUGGUGGUUUGAGUCAAGUUUGCUCGAAACGUCGUGUUCAUGCUAAUAACAAGUACAUGAUAUCUUACGGCCCAUCUAAGCCCGACUCCUAUCUGAUGUAUUUCGGAUAUACUAACAUCGACGUUCUUAGUAUUCCGGACGAUUCUUCUGAAGGGUGUAUUCUCGAGGUCGAUCUGGAGUAUCCUCAACAUCUCCAUGAUCGUCAUAAAGACAUCCCAUUCUGUCCCCAAUCAUUGAACCCGAAAACUAUGAAACCUCCUAAACGUCCGCGAGAGCUGACCAAAUUAAUGGCUACCUUUCAUGAUAAAGAAAGAUAUGUAAUUCAUUACAGAGCCUUGAAGCAAGCGCUAGCUCAUGGAUUAAUACUAAAAAAGAUUCAUCAAGUCCCGAAAUUUAAGCAGUCUCCUUGGUUAAAGUCAUACAUCGACUUAAAUACAAAUCUCCGGAAGGCAGCAAAAAAUGAGUUUGAAAAGAAUCUGUUUAAGCUUAUGAACAAUGCAUUGUUCGGUAAAACCUUGGAGUGUGUGCGCAGGCGCGUUGAUAUUAAAUUGCUGACAGACUGGGAGGGUCGUUAUGGAGCUGAAGCUAGAAUAAGUAGCCCCCUGUUUAAAAACGCCACUAUCUUUAAUGAAAAUUUGAUUGCUGUUGAGAUGCAUAGAGCGGAAAUAUGGUUAGUUAAACCUAUUUAUGUUGGAAUGAGUAUUUUAGACUUGGCGAAAACGACCAUAUAUGAUUUCCAAUAUGGCUACUUAGCUAGCAGGUUCGGAGAAAACUUUUCGACCUGUUAUACCGAUACCGAUAGUGUGAUCGUGGAGAUACGGGAAAAAGACCCGUAUGAAGCAAUGAUACAAGAUUGCUAUAAAUAUUUUGAUACCUCAGACUAUCUUAAAGAUAACAUUUACAACAUCCCUCUGGUUAAUAAGAAGGUAUUGGGUAUAAUGAAAGAUGAGAAUAAUGGCUGCAUUAUGACCGACUACAUAGGGCUCCGAUCGAAAUUAUACACGACAAAAGCAGCUACCCCAGAUGACGACAUUAUAAAGUUGAGGGGGAAGUUGAAAGAACAAGAGUAUGAGGAUGAUGAAAUUGAUAAUAUUAUACGAAAUUGUGGUGUGACAAAGAAGGCGAAGGGGGUAAAGAAAUCUGUAGUAAAUACUAAAAUUACUUUUGAGGACUACGUAGAAUGUUUAGAUUCCUUUACUCCGAAGAUCGCCUCGCAAAAUCUUAUACGCUCUGAUAAACACCAAGUUUAUUCUAUAACUCAAAGCAAGAUUGCGCUCAGCUCCAAUGAUGAUAAAAGACAUGACAUUCAGGGUUCUUGUGAUACGCUUCCCUUUGGGCACUAUUUAAUUGAUACUCUUGAGAUGGAUGUUGACUAG